AUGUUUUCCUGUGAUGACGAUUUUUUUAAUGCCUGUGAAAAUGAGCCAGAUUAUAAAGAACAUCCUGAUUUUCAUUCACCUGAGGGGGAUAUGGAAGACUUAGGUAGACAAUUUCGCGAUAGAUUUGACGCAAGUGAUUCUGACGCGGAAUCUGAUCUACACAAGAACUUUAAGGAUCCACAAGAGCCUUCUUACGCUUGUGCGGAUAAUUUCCCAGAACCAAAUAUAAAGGAUAUGAACAAGGAAACUUUGCUAGUUAGGCAAAACGAAGAAGAAAAAUUAACUGAUAAUGCGAAAGAGGCUGAAAAGAAACGAAGGCUCCAGUCUCUUGAACUAAAAGAGAAAGGAAAUGAUCUUUACAAGGAGUCACAAUUUGCGGAUGCCAUUAAUAAGUAUACUUCUGCUCUUGAUAUUUGCCCUCUCUUGUUCAAAAAAGAUAGGUCGCAAAUGCUUUCCAACCGCGCUGCAUGUAAUAUAAAACUGAAAAAUGUCCAGCUUGCUCUAGCUGACUGUGAUGAAGCUCUAGAAUUGGACCCAACUUACGUCAAAUGCCUGCAAAGAAGAGCAGAGCUAAGGGAAUCUGUAGAUAGGCUGUCAGAAGCUUACGAAGAUUAUCAAGAGCUUUUAAAAAUUGAUCCAGGAAACGGAAAAGCGAGAGUGGCCUGUGCUGUGAGUUGA